GACCAUCUGUUCUGGAAGCUCUGGGGGUUUUGUGAAUGUGCCAGCGAACAAGGAAAUGAUUGUGAAGUAAAAACAACACAUUAGUGUUUUAAUCGUAACGUGGAAUGGCUCAGCUAGUGGGGUGGGGAAUCGUAGCACUCGUCAGUUGAUGUGUGAAAGGGGCUGCAACAGCAAUUGGGUACAAGCUAGCUACCAGUGCUAAAUUAGCUAACGUUAGGUGAAAGCAAAGGCAAGGAAUUAGCUAGCUCGCUGUCUAGGUGACAUCUCAUUCCAGUUCACAUAACGUCAAUGCCAACAUGGCAGUGGGCAACAACAACGGCCAAGGGACAGGAGUCGGAGAGCAGAAGACGGCUUCUCCUAGACAGAGUGAAGUGAACAGAAAGCUGAAAUACAUCAGUUUGGCCAUCCUUGUUGUCCAGAACGCCUCUCUUAUCCUCAGCAUCCGCUAUGUCCGCACGCUGCCUGGUGAUCGUUUCUUCACCACCUCUGCAGUGGUUAUGGCAGAGGUGCUCAAAGUACUUACCUGCCUUUUUAUAAUUUUGGUCCAGAGAAAAGGAAACCUAAAGGAGUUUAUUGUAUUGCAGUACGACUCCAUUGUCAUCCAGUACAAGGACACGCUUAAACUGGCUGUCCCAGCACUCAUCUAUACCUUGCAGAACAACCUCCAGUAUGUGGCUAUCUCCAAUUUACCAGCAGCUACUUUCCAGGUGACCUACCAGCUGAAAAUUCUGACCACAGCCCUUUUCUCUGUGCUGAUGCUGCGGAAGAGCCUUUCACGGAUUCAGUGGCUGUCCCUGCUCCUGCUGUUCGCUGGGGUUGCUAUCGUACAACUGGAGCAGGAAGGAAAACAGAAGGAGACUACAGUCACUGGACAGAGCCAGAACUAUGCCAAAGGACUGGUGGCAGUGAUAGUGUCCUGCCUCUCCUCUGGCUUUGCUGGAGUGUACUUUGAGAAAAUCCUUAAGGGCAGCUCAGCCUCUGUGUGGAUGAGGAACAUCCAGCUGGGCAUAUUUGGAACUGUACUAGGCCUGUUGGGGAUGUGGUGGAACGAUGGCCUUGCCAUUGCAGAGAAGGGCUUCCUGUUUGGGUACACACCCAUGGUGUGGGGUGUCAUCUUCAACCAGGCUUUUGGGGGCUUACUGGUGGCGGUGGUAGUGAAGUAUGCAGACAACAUCCUGAAGGGGUUCGCCACUUCCUUUUCCAUCAUUGUCUCCACUGUAGUCUCUGUCUACCUCUUUGGGUUCCACGUGGACCUCCUCUUCACGCUGGGUGCUGGUCUGGUCAUUGGAGCCGUCUAUAUGUAUAGUCUGCCCAAAGCAGCUGCUCCCCCCCCCUCUACUGUUACCCUCUCUUCUUCCAGCCACAGUCUGGCCGACGGCGCUGGAGACUCGGAGAUGGACGCUUUCCUCCCAAAGGCCUCUGAAAAGGAAAAAGGAUGCUAAGAAAGUGCUUGACGUCUGAAAGCGUACCGUGCCUGCAUCUCAUGCCAAAGUGAUGUUCAAAGGAAAAUUAUAACAAAUGCCUUCUAUUAAUUGAAUUGAAAUUCCUAUACUAGCAGAUGUGUUGGAGAUGUUUGCCUCGGGUUGCGAAGAGAAUUACAUGAUCUUAUAAUCAUGCUUGGUUUACAUGUAACAGAUCAGGGGUUGAAACUGCCUUUGGUAGAAACGAUUUCCUUACACGGUUGCCUUACUAUUUAUCUAUAUAACAUUAACAUGAUUUCUAGUGAAACAUUUUAUAUUCCAUUUUCUGCUCCGUAUCUACCCAUUUAUAACAAGCAUUAUUUAAUCCCCAUAAGAUUGUUGAAUAGUGUUUAAUUAUUAAUUGUAUGAUGCAUGUGUGUGUAUGAUGCAUUGAAACACUAACCAAUGUAUAUGUUUGUUCAACACCCAGCUAAGCAAAAUUGAAAAUGUGUUGAAAGUAGGGGCAGCAGGUAGUCUAGCGGUUAAGAGGGUUGGGUCAGUAACCGAAAGGUCGAUGGUUCGAAUCUGUAGCUGAUUAUGUGAAAAAUCUGUCGAUGUGCCCUUAAGCAAGGCACUUAACCCUAAUUGCUCCUGUAAGUCGCUCUGGAUAAGAGCAUCUGCUAAAUGACUGUAAAUGUGUUGAUUUUUAUUUGGGUUGAAGACAGUCCAUGAUCAUUUGGCGCCAUCUACUGAACAAUAUUUUAAUAUGUCAGCUUUGAAUGUUUUUAUUUGUAUUUAUUUAGCCUUUAUUUAACUAGGCAAGUCAGUUAAGAACAAAUU